AUGGCUAUCACCGACUUUCUUGCAGCUUCAGACAUCAAUUCAGCUAUCAAUGCUUGUAAAGCGAAGGAUUCCUUUAGCCCAAAGAUGUUUUUCAAAACUGUGGGUUUAUCCAAGAAAAGUCCAACAGAGAUCGAGCGGGUCUUUAAGAUCUUGGACCAGGACAAAAGUGGCUACAUAGAGCAGGAUGAGUUACAACUGUUCCUGCAGAACUUUGCCAAAGGAGCCAGGCCCCUGACCGCAGCUGAGACCAGAGCUUUCCUCCUGGAGGGAGACUCAGAUGGAGAUGGGAAGAUCGGCUGGGAAGAGUUUUCUGCACUGGUCAAGUCUUCAUAAGGCCUGCACAGUCUCUUGAUGAUAUGUUGUACGGUG